AUGCAGAGGUACAGCGUAGCAGGUAAAAUUGGCGAAGGAGCCCAUGGUCUGGUGCUCAAGGCUUACGACAACGCGAGCCCGAUACCACGGCCAGUGGCCCUGAAAAGGAUCAUGCUCAAGAGGAUCGAGGAUGGGAUAUCGAUUUCCGUUGUUCGAGAGGUCAAGACUCUGCAGAGGCUGAAACAUCCCUACAUAGUCGAGCUGCUGGACGCGUUUCCUGCCGGUCUGGACUUUGUCAUGGUGUUCGAGUACAUGCCCUCGGGACUCUGGGAGCUGCUGAAAGACAGCGACAGGCCGCUGAAGGACUCGCAAAUAAAAACCUACAUGAGAAUGCUUUUGGAGGGCGUCGCCUACAUGCACUCGAACAGCAUCAUGCACAGAGAUCUAAAACCCGCGAAUUUGCUCAUUCGCGAGGACGGCGUGUUGACGAUCGCCGAUUUUGGAUUGGCCCGAUUGAUGUGGGAAGACAUAAGCCGCCCGUACUCGCACCAGGUAGCCACGAGAUGGUACAGGGCCCCAGAAUUACUGUACGGCGCAAGAUUUUACAAUGCCGCGAUCGACAUGUGGGCUGUGGGUUGCAUUUUUGGCGAAAUGCUCAACAAUUCACCGCUUUUUCCUGGUGAAAGCGACAUAGAACAGUUGGCCAUAGUCUUGAGUCAUCUCGGUUCUCCAACAGCGGAGUCGUGGCCAGAACUGAGUUCCCUGCCUGAUUAUAACAAAAUAACGUUCCCCUACCACAAGGGAGUCGUGUGGGAACGCAUAAUACCAGAUGCUCAGCAGGAAGCUAUGGAAUUGAUAAGAUCGAUACUGAUGUACGAUUCGGCUAAGCGUUUGACUGCAACAGAGGCACUGCGGCAUCCGUAUUUUCACACAAAACCGUAUCCUUGUGAAAAAUCAGAGCUCGUUAAGCCACCGGGCGAUCAUCGCACUCGCCUAAAGCCGAAAGAAAUUGAAACGAACAUCAAACCAUCGGUUUUGUUUAAAAAUUUGUUGAAUAUUAUUUAA